AUGGUAGAGUUUGCCAUUAACAACUCGGUGCAUGCGUCCACGACACAUACACCGUUUUACGUGAAUGGCUUGCGCCAUCCGCGUGUACCCACCUUACUAGAGUGUAACUCUGGUUUAAGGGGGGGAGGGACUCGCGAGAGCAAAAACCGAUUUGGUUCACGCUCAUCACGCUCUGACGAAGAAGUCAUUGCGUUUGAUGCCGAUAUCGAUAACAUCGAUAUCGAAGAAGAUGAUGCCAGUGAGAGUGCGGAAGCCCUCACUGAAGACAAUGAUCCCAGUGAGAGUGCGGAAGCCCUCACUGAAGAAAAGGUUGUUGUCGCUGCAGUGCGCUCACAGCACACUGAAGCUAACGAGUCAUCAGAUGAGUUCAUACUGGCUCGUGAAACGGUAGUCCGUUUUGUGCAAGACUCCAUCGCCGAAGCGGUGACUUAG